AUGGAUCGGUUUAUUUCGACGUAUCAGAAAGAUUACACGUGGCCUUCCACAAGGAUUCAACACGCGCCAAUCACGUUACGCGACGGUUCCUGUCGAUGUGACACGCGCUCGCGCGAACUGAAAGUCAUCGAUCUGUGCGGUGAUGAUCAGGAAUGGAGUCGUUUGGGUCCCAUGGGACGCCUACUGGACCCUAAACUGUAUCCUGCGAAAACAGGCCCCCAUCCUGAGACAGAAACAACCAAAUUCGAUCAACCCAGCACUUACAUGAGAAAAUUGGAAGAGAAGUAUCCUAAUCUCUAUGGAAUUCUACAGAGCUCGCCCAUGGACGAGAUUAUUCAACGCGUGGAUCAGGAUCGAUUCACGACGACCUAUCAGAUGGACUAUUCAGACAAAGGUACAGUUUCGAUGAUCCACGAUAUAUUAACCCUUUCGAUUAUGGGCAAGAUGGACGAAGAUAAGGAUCCAUGCGUUGCUAUGAAACAUCGAAUACGAAUAGAUUGUCGUCCGUCUACUCGAUCUCGACUUUCUAAACGCGAGAAUGGUCUGAGAGGGAGAACGAAAACGUCGAAAAAGGUGGAGGAUGACAGUCACGAGACACGAAUACCAGCUUGGCGAUCGGAGUACCAAGACAGCAUUAGCAGAUUAGGCCACGCCAUUAUUAGAGGAAGAAUUCAUCACAAGAAGGCCAACGCUCCGACUUGGUCGAUGGCGAUCUUGUGA